AUAAACACUCAAGAGCAAGUUUAAGUCUACUCUCCGUUCAGACAGACGCUGAACGCUGUAGUGCGACACCAAUUUUUUGAUGCUUUUUCCUAGAGCGUCGAGUGCUCACAGACACGUCUGGAGUAUAUAGCGACGAAACAGUGUCCAAACAAAGAAAUAGCAACAAUAUCAUGAUAAGGAUUUUCGGUGAUAUCCAGAGGAAAUGAGCAUAAAAACACUCUAUUUUGUUAUGACAAUUCACCGGGUACGGUCUAAUAUGUGUGUUCUUAAAACAAGUGUCUGCAUGGGGUGUUGAACAGAUUUCUUCCUCGUUCAACUGUGGCGUCACUGGAACCACAAAAAUAGUAGAGCUACAUAAAAUCGUUAUAUCUGGAAAAUUUCAAGCGUUCACGCUACUCUAAUUACUGUAACUCUAACCACGAUAAUUAAAUGAAUUAAUUGUGAUUCGUUCGGCGUUGCUGUGAAGACGUACGUAAAUACGCAGGGAAGAUAACAGAGACGCGUAGUGAAAACACAAUGGGAAACUUGAAUUGUUGAUGAACUUUGUUUUAUACGCUUUUAGCCAACUUGAGGAUAACCACAAAAAUCGCUGGUACACCUAACAUCGUCUGGGUAGAGCGACAUUGGCCAGCUUUGUUACAAGCUGUGCCGCUACGUCUGCGAAACGAUGCAUCUCUUCUUAAUGGUGGUCGUGGCUCUAGCCGCAGUUGCUCCUACACAACAAGAGAACACUAUGGUGACCGCGAUCAGUCAGCAGCAGCAGCUAACAGCGGCGGAAGUGGUGGAUGCCAUUACUCGGGAGGCCCAGCCCGCAUCUCAGAAGACAACGUCGGCGUCCGCAAUUGCCACGGAGAGUUUUCCUUCUGCAACGGCUCUCACGAGCGUGACGGAGACCAGUUCGCCAUCCGCGGACGGUAAUUCCUCCCCUGAAGGAGUCUCAAUAGUACAUUCGGAGCUUAAGAAUGAGCUACAACAUCAAAAUCAGUCCGCUUCAGCAGCCGCCGCUAUAGUAGGCAGUGGCGUCUCCGUGACGACGAUGCCCACGUACACCAGUACCACAGAUUCCGCAGCGCCCGCAGCGACAACCACGUUACCACCACCCCCAGAGAAGCCUGAAGAGGUUCUCGAUUCCGUUACGAAGGGCCCCGCGGUGGCCGACCGGAGGGUACAGACCGCGGAGGUGUCUGACGGAGUAGUCGCAGUUCCUACUGGAGGAACAGCCUCCGAAUCUGAUAGCCAAGACCAACAGAGUCCAACCUUUUUCGCUUCCUCUAGCGGGACGAGCACCUCAGGGCCCGCCUCUCAGUCACCGCAGAGCCCGCGAAACCCUAAGUACGUGGACAUCGACAGCGUCAAACAUCCCGAAGAGCCCCCACCGGAGAUUCCGAGUAAACCGUUCCUGCAGAACAUAACCGUACGACUGGAAAAUCUCGCUUGCGAGCAUCCCCAGCAUGAACGGCCUGGUUUGCGCAUUGAUAUCGAGAAGACGUUCAAACAACUGGCAGAAAACAUUUCUGAUGUACAACUAACCGACGCAAGCUGCAAAAUGUUUCUUACACUUAAUCUAACAGUCACAGCAACUGAUGGUGACUUCAAGAAACUGCUAGCUAAACUCGAGGAGCACGUAAAGAACAUUACUGUGGGAGAACACAUGGUUAUCACCGGAUUCACUCUACACGACGGUGCGGAACAUCAGGUCGAUCUAAUGACCCGUCCAACAAUAACCCGCGCAGGCCGCUUUCCGACGUAUCGCGAAGAACUAAUCAUCCUAGUCGCCGUCAUCGUUCUCCUCUGUAUCGUGCUAUUUAUCGCCUGUGUCAUCUGUUCGAUCCGAUGCUGCCGCCGCUCACCAUCUUCAAAAACGCUCGAUCUUCUCGAGGCGGCCCAAACUCCUCGGUCACAUUCACGCAAUGUUGACUUUAAUAACCGAAUUCCACGCGCGCACACACUCUACAGUCCAACCGCGAGCGAAUACUCGGGCUGCUUAAGCCCUGUGACUCCAUUCGGUCCCGGUGUUGUUCAGCCGUUCGACACCUGUCUAGUCCCCCUAGACGACGUGACGCCUUCUGGCGCACCGCGUGCGAUGGGCACGCAUGGAACAGCUGGGCCGCAUGUCACAAGCCGGGCGGCUCCGGCUAUAAGGCCCAACAAUUUAGCGAUAAGGCCUCGCGUCGAUUUUUCGCCUGAAAGGAGUCGAUUCAGAUCGUAUAAUUAUCCGCCGAAGCAUUCCCGCACCCUCCCGUCUGGAGUCGGAUCAAAAAACUUUUCCAAGAGCAACACGACCCAGUCCACUGAGCAAUUAACAAAAAAUCAUUCGUUUGACGAUGAUUCCGGCGUCGAUAAUCCGACUUAUUUACCAACCCCUUCUACACCGCACGUCACGAGUGAUAUCGCCGAAACACACAAGAUCUGAGCAGCGGUGGAUCACAUUGACUCCCAACGGCAACGCGACCGUUCCAAUCAACGCUUCUUCCAGCAGAUACAACAAUCAUAACCUGUUUCUGUAUAUACACACGUUCUAUGCUCCUCAACGAACUGUCACCAUUUCUGCUAUACGAAUAAUAAUGAUAGUAGGAAAAAGAAAAAAAAAAACAAGACAAUUAGUAACUGCUGAUGACUGGGAUGCAAAUCUAGCUCAGUAAAGGUUGCUAAAGCUGUCAGACACUAAACGUAUGACGAAAUCAGAGUUUAGGAAUCAGAGCAAUAUAACCGAGACGACAGAGAUCGUCUCGCCCAAGACCUUGGCGUGUCUAUUAUAUAACAAUCGAUUCGAGUAACGUAUGGCGGGACGUGUGUUCUCAAGGUGAGUAUAUAUAUAUAUACAUGUUGAUUGGUUGACCGAUCCGUACGGCAGCUGACUCCGCAGUUACACGUAUGUACUGGUGCCAAACAAUCAUUUCACGUGCCAAACGAAGAUUUCCACCAGAAGCAAAAAAAAACAAACGUAUGGACGGAUCAUCUGCGGAUCCGUUGUAGAAAAGUGUGAGAGAUUGAAGGAAAAAUGUGUAGUGAAGUUCAGGUUACUUCAAAGACUGUCCGCGAAUUUCGUAUUGGUGCCGAUGACAAAUAUUUGUCGGUUACAUGUUGUUGAAAGCGUUGUAUGGGGACAGAGAAGUAAAGGCAUCUCAAAAAAAAAAAA